AUGAACAAUGGAGAGGACUCCAGUAUCUUCUCUUGGAUUCCGAAUCUGUAUCCUGAAGUCUCCAUCCCGGGCUCAUUAGGAUUCCGUGGACUGCCUCUCCUUACCUGCACCUUUCCGCCUUUGACUGGCAACGAGGAACUCUCCCCUGAUUUACAGCAACUGGGAGCGUCGCUCCUGGACCCCCUCCCUCCUCGCCACACCCCAGCUGCCCGCUCCCGCCAGGCCUCGCCGGACCGGGCGACGUCUACAGUCUUCCCCCGUCACCUACAGUCGCCUCGGGCGGGGAUCGUCGGCACCCAAAGCGCCAAGCCGACGUGCCCCCCUCCCCCUUGAAGCCCACCCCCCCACCUCCCACCGCCCAGUCCCCCGGCAGCGAUGAGACAGAGCGGCGCCUCCCAGCCCCUGCUGAUCAACAUGUACCUACCAGAUCCUGUCGGAGACGGCCUCUUUAAGGAAGGGAAGAGCCCGAGCUGGGGGCCGCUGAGCCCCGCGGUACAGAAAGGCAGCGGGCAGAUCCAGUUGUGGCAGUUUCUGCUGGAGCUGCUGGCGGACCGCGCGAACGUCGGCUGCAUCGCGUGGGAGGGCGGCCACGGCGAGUUCAAGCUCACCGACCCGGACGAGGUGGCGAGGCGGUGGGGCGAGCGCAAGAGCAAGCCCAACAUGAACUACGACAAGCUGAGCCGCGCGCUGCGCUACUACUACGACAAGAACAUCAUGAGCAAGGUGCACGGCAAGCGCUACGCCUACCGCUUUGACUUCCAGGGCCUGGCGCAGGCCUGCCAGCCUCCGCCCGCGCACGCCCACGCCGCCGCCGCUGCCGCCGCCGCCGCCGCCGCCGCCGCCCAGGACGGCGCCCUCUACAAGCUCCAGGCCGGCCUGGCCCCGCUGCCCUUCCCGGGGCUCUCCAAACUCAACCUGAUGGCGGCCGCUUCGGCGGGCGUCGCGCCCGCUGGCUUCUCCUACUGGCCCGGCCCCAACGCCACCGCCGCCACCGCCGCCGCCGCGCUCUACCCCACCCCUGGCCUGCAGCCCCCUCCCGGCCCCUUUGGGGCGGUGGCCGCGACCUCGCACUUGGGGGGUCGUUAUCACUAACUCCGACCUGCCCCUGCCGGGUGGCCAGCCCCAUCCUCAUUCCGGGGGCGGGGCGGGGGGGAGCCCCGACGCUCUCUCCCCGACUUUCUCCUUGCAGCAGCCGCUCUCCAGCCCGGGGGAAGAACGGAUUGGAAGCCUCCGGGGUCUUCCUUGAACACUAGGCUUCCGGGUCCCCCAUUAUUUUCACCCCCAGAAGGGCUACUGUGCUCCCCACUUUAAUCUCUCUCUUCCAGGUCUCCAGAUUCUGAAACUCCCUCGUCUUUUUCUCUUCUUCUCACCUACACCCCGUGAGUCCCUCUUUAUGACCCCCAUUUUUCUAGUUUCUUUCCUCGU